UUUUUUCAAUGUAAAAAAAAUGCACAUGUGCGACUGUGCGCUGAUGUUUUAAUAUAAAAGCGGUAUUAUAACGCAUAAUCACUCAACAUGCAGCAUGAUGAUGUUGUUUGGGCCAUCAUCAACAAGACUCAUUGUUCCCACAAAGUAACGACACAGACUCAACAUUUUUGCCGCAAUGAAUUUAACCUCACUGGUCUAUGUUCGCGGGCCUCCUGCCCCCUCGCAAACAGCAAGUAUGCGACGAUUAGGGAAGAAAAUGGUAUUAUUUACUUGUACAUGAAGACAGCGGAAAGAGUCAUGUUUCCCGCCAAGCAAUGGGAGAAAGUGAAACUGUCACGGAACUUUGAGAAGGCCAUCCACCAGAUAAAUGAGAACUUAUUGUACUGGCCUGGCUUCAUCAAGGCCAAGUGUAAACAGAGAUUUGUCAAAAUAACUCAGUAUCUGAUCCGGAUGAGAAAACUUAAACUUAGACGCGUUAAAGAGAUAGUGCCCAUACAACGCAAAAUUGAGAGGCGGGAGCGAAGACGCGAGGAGAAGGCUCUUGUCGCCGCGAGAAUAGACAACGCCAUAGAGAAACAACUGCUGGAGAGACUUAAGAAGGGCACUUACAAUGACAUCUACAACUUCCCCCAAAUGGCGUUCGAUGCAGCACUGAAAGCUGAGGAAGUGUCUGAAGAAAGCGAGAGUGAGAGGGAAGACGAGGACGAGCGAGAGGUGGAGAUGGAGCCAGAAUUGGAAAGAGAGCUGCAAGCUGUCGAGGAGACAGAUGAAUUUGUAGAAGGAGAUAGCGACAUGGACAGUGACGAGGAAAGUGAUUCAGGUCACAGAGAAGGUGCAGAGAUUGGAAGCGAUUUUGAGUCAGAGACAUCUGAUAUUGAGGAUGUUGCUGAGAAGAUUGUUUCUAGGAAGAAGCCGCGCGUUGAAAUAGAAUACGAAACUGAAGUUCCCAGUGUGUCUAAGAAGAAAAUAAAACAUUGAUGCAAAUUAA